AUUAGUAGAUCGUGCUACACUAAACUAGAAGAUUGACUAUUUGAUGUGCGUGCUUGUGUGCAUCAUGAGUUCUAUACCUUUAAUAAGUUUAUACUUUGUGUUUGCAAUACAAACAGCAGAUGGUGCCAUUAAACUAUCUGCUAACCCAGGUGUGAUAGACCUGGAUCUGACGUCAUUGACCGUUAGGUGUGACGUCAACCAGACCAGCCAGCAGAACAUGUCCGCCAUCUUGUCCAUCAUCGUAUCACGUGCUGCCAACAGUUCCAGCCCCUACACAGAGCUGGCCUCAGUGGUAGCGUUUCUAGGUGAACGGGUCAAUGUCCUGUCGUCUGAAGGUCUCACCGCCAACGGUUCCAUUCAACCCACUGGUCACUCUUUUCUGGAACUACACUGGGACCAUCCAAGUGAUUUGCAGGCUGGACACUACUUGUGUACUGUGCAAGGUCCAGAUGCUGUUGGACAUAACAUCGACUGGAUGGCUGAAACUGACGUCACAAUGAAACUUCCUGAGGAAGAAGAUAUCUGGGACACGGUCCGGCAACUGGAACAGGACUUGAAGCUGGCCAAUGAAAAACUGGCAAAUCUUACCCGCGUCCUGACCAUCACAAGCCAGACAACACAACAGUGUAACACGGCCGGAGAUAGAUGCUUGCAACCGUUGUUUUUUAGUCCAGGUUUCCGUCACAACAACUCGACCAUCGCAAUUUCCAGAAACGUCUACAUGAAUGUCGGCGCUGCGGAGAAUUUGUGCAAGUUUUACGGAGGAUACCUUGUGGAGAUAGACGACGCUGAAAAAUACACGGCGGUGCUGGCGUAUCUCACAAACACCAGCGAUGUCAACUAUGUCUAUAUCGGGAUCUACAAAGAUUUCCUUACAGGAGAAUUUAAACUAAGGCAAAGUGGGACAACAACACCGUUUUUGAUGUGGGCUCAGGAACAGCCAGUAGACAAUACAGGCUAUGAAUGUAUCUGUCGAGGACACGUAGCUGGAAGAUGAUCACGUCUCUUUGCGCCAACAACUAUCCGGCUUUGUGCGAGUUCGCUAGUGAUGUUUAAAUAUAAUUACAUUUGGAAUUGGUUAACUGUUAU